AUGGCGGACUCUCUCUCUUGGGGCGAGCGCUUGUCUACAGGACGGCGAAGCGACGGCGUCCGGCACACGCGAAAGCUGCUCGCUGCAAAGGCUACGCGACCGGAUGAGUGCUGCGCUACUUGCCGUUCGGACGCGGCCCGCCCCCUACCAGAUUCGGCUGACCUGGCGGCUUCGAGCUCUCGUAGGCUGCCUGCGGGAGCUUGCAGUGUCAUGACACCGACUGGUGGUGUUCUUCGGCGAGCGCUUUCGCGUCGGCCGCUCUCUCAGUUGUCGCCCGUGCGUCUUAGCGUGGGCUCGCCCGCUUCCUGUCGUUCUCGCGCGCCUGCAUUCACGCCUGUCUCUCCGCCCGGCGGCUGUCAACACCCUGAGACCUCCUCCUUGAGUUCUGCGUUUUCUGGCUCGUACAAGUAUGUGCUUCUCGCCGCGCCUCUUGCGGCGCUCUUCACUCGCCGCCGCGUGUCCCUCCAGUCCGCCAGAGCUCACGUUCCGCGUCUCCUGGCGUGCGCCCCGUUCAGUGCGCAGACCGGUCUUCUUCGGAAGGCUGGCGCAGAAGCGGCGUCCGCGUUGUCGCCUCUUGCCCCCUGCACGCUGAGUCUCGCCGCGGCCGCGCCCAGCCUUCCCAACUCGCUGGGCGCGGCGGCCUUCGACAGACCCUCACCGUUUCUACGAGCUUCCUCUUCCGAGUCAAGCUCUGCCUUGUGCUUCGUGGAGGGGCGCUGGCUGCGGACAGGAGCUCCGGAGUGGAGUUCCGGUGGGUCGCUGGACUGUUCGAGUUCCGGGCCAGCACUAUGGAACUCGUCCUCGCACACCCGUGCGGUGCCUCCCGCCCAGUCUCCCUCACACUCCGUUACACGUGGCCCCGCGUUCGAUAAGGCGCCACUCUCCCCUUCGACGUCUUCCUCCUCCUUCCACGCCCUUCGUCGGUAUCGCUCCUCUGUGGUGCGCCUUCUUUCUCCUGCGUGGCCUUCGCGCCUUGCGCGCUCUCCGUGUGGAUCGGGAGCCUCCGGUUUUCCAUCCGCUUCGCCACCUCUCUUCCUCGCCGCAGCCCGGCGCUUCUUCGCCGCCGGCCGCGCCUCCAGCGAGAAAGAGAAGGACUUCUACGAGGUCCUCGGCGUGAAGGCAGAUGCGUCCACAGACGACAUCAAGAAGGCGUACCGGAAGCUCGCACUCAAGUGGCAUCCAGACCGGAACCCCGACAACCGCCAGCAGGCGGAAACACAGUUUCGCCUCGUCAGUGAGGCUUACCAAACGCUUUCCAACCCGGAGAAGCGCCAGAGCUACGACACGAUGCGGAAAGAUGGAGGCUCAGGCUUCCAGGAGGGCUUCCCAGGUGGCAUGGGCUCAGGGCCGCAGGCGCCAUUCGGGUCGCCUUUCGGUCAAAGCGGGCCGUUUCGAACGCAUCACGUCUCACAGGAAGAGGCCGAGCGGCUCUUUCGCCAGGUUUUCGGCGGGAUCAACGUCCACGACGUGUUUGCGCAGAUGCUGAACGAGCAAGCACGCGCUGGCCGGGGAGGCGCCCGCCGAAACCCUUUCUUCAUGGAUGACAGGGAAAUCGAGGAGCUGCUUCGGCGAUCAGCAGGCAUGGGCAGGUCAGCCGCCGGCGGGCCAGGGCAGCGCAGCGGACCGUUUGGCUGGGAUUCAGGCAGACCUACGGCCGGCACUGCUGGCGGCGCCGUCACGACCUCGCGGGCGGUCAACAUCAUUCAGCGAGGCGAAAAACUUGUGGAGCAGACGGUUAUCACUCGGCGGUUUCCCAACGGGCGCAUCGAGCAAGAGGUCUCGGAGCGCGUACUGGACCCUCAUCAAGGAACUGGAAACGCUUUUCAUCCCUUCGGCAACCCGUUUUUCUUCGGGCCUCUCUCUUCGGCGUCCCACACCCCGCUGCAUCGCCUGAUUGACGAGUUACUCGGCUCGGCUCCGCGGGGCAGCGGCGCGCCGAGGGAGGCUCCGCUCGGCGCGAGCGAGGGCCGAAAACCGCGAGGCGGCGACGACGGCUCAAGGCGCCGACCUCCGGUCUACCCGCCUCCCUCGUCGCCAGUUGUGAAGGGCUUCUGGGAGCAACUCAAAGUCACCGCACGGACCUUCGGGCGGGUGCUGCUCUACAACGUGAAGCUCUGGCUCCUCGACCGGCUUCUCGCAGUUGCCAUGAGAAUCAUCAUGCGCAUUCUGCAUAAGCGGUAA